AUGCUCACCUUCAUCGCUGGCUUUGCGGCCGUCUUUGGCACCGCCGAAGGCGUCCGGGCCGCCCAGUCAAAGUCAAGAAGGGAGGAACAUCGGUCGAGAAAGAAUAAUCUCGUCGUCCAUUGCCCUAAAAGUUCCAAAUCAAGCGCCUUCCUUGAGGGAAGGGCCGUUGUUCUUGCCGGCGAAAAACUUUACAUCGACACCGGCACGGAAUACAAUGUCCCGUUUGGUCACCCCUUUGAGGGCUACUACCUCCCCUACCCAGGCCAACGCUACUCCGGGCUCGUCUCCACAAUCACCCACGAGGCCCCCAUCAUGAACUGGGUCUUCGUCCACAAGGACACCUACGAGGUCAAGUUCGGCACCCGCGCCCUGUCCGAGGGGAACCUCACGGGGCCCUGGGACUGCACCCGCCAGGACAAGCGGCUCACCUUUGCCGGCUGGGAGGGCUUCUGCGCCGCUGCAGGGCAAGGUGCAGCCGGGCACUCCGUCAUCGAGAUUGAGCUUCUGAGGGCAGAGCUCAAGUUUGCUAAGCCCGAGGAGGUCCAAUUGACCGAAGAGCAGCGGGCAGCCCUCCAGGAGCAGGCGAGAAUCCAGGCCGAGCAGCAGGCGGCUGAGCAGGCGCAGAGGGAUGCGCAAGCCGAAGUGCUCAAGCAAGCUUUUAUGAAGGCCCACGCUGAGGCUGAGGAGAGGGAUAGGCAGGAUGCGGCGCGAGGAGAGGCCGCGGCGGAUGCUCAGGCCCAACCUCAGGCACAGACCCAGCCUCUGGUCGAGGAACAGCCCCAAAUUCAGACCGAGAGUCAGGCCCAGGCUCAUCCAGUGGUGCCAAGCCAGCCUCAAUCCCCCAAGUCAACCUCCGCCCCUGACGUAGAUGCCACUGUUGUUCAGCCGCCCAUCGACAAGGAACCGGAGCCCGCAGCCGCGCCUCAACAGCAACCAGAAGAGCCCGCUCAGCAAUCCCCGCUACAGAUUCCAAGCCCGACGCAAGCCGCUCCCCAGCGCAAUCGCUGGAGGCGCAAACCCCGACCCACAAUCAGCAUUCCAUCGAAUACGAGCACGGCCACCGCCAGCAACGGCAACAGCAGCGGCAGCGGCAGCGAUGCCGACCUUCAGAAACCCCGUGGUGGCGCAGGGGCCGGCUCCGGCCGGAAUAACGGCAGGAAGUCGCCCGAGCGGGGUGCUGCGGCAUCCAGUGGAAGAAACGCGAGCAAUAGCCCUAACGGCCGUAAUGGGAAUAACGGGAAUCGGCCCCUAACCGACGGGGCGCUGGAAGCCCGAACCGGACCAACGGCCGAGGCACAGAUCAGAACGGUCGCGGAAGGAGCCCCGCUCCGAUGGGCGGAAGGGGGUAGAAAUAAUAACAGGAGGAAGAGCCCUGAUGCCAUGUCGACCAUCACAAGCAGCUCCAACGGUAGGAAUGGCGGUCGUUCCAACAACGGCAGGAAGAGUCCAGACGCCAUGUCAACCAUCACGACCAGCUCCAACGGCAAAAAUGGUGGCCGUUCCAACAACAGCCGGAGGAGCCCAGAUGCCAUGUCGGCUAUUACAACGAGCUCCAACGGCCGAAAUGGUGGCCGCGGCGCCAACAAUGGAAGAAGGAGCCCCGACGCCAUGACCACUGUCAACACGAGCUCCAACGGCCGCAGGGGAUCCGCCAGCCGGAGGAACGGACCCAGGACGCCGGCCACGCGCACCGCACUCAACAGUCCUCGGAAUGCGGGAACCAAUAGCCCUAGGGCUGCCAAUUCAUCUGCCCCUCUCCGGAGCCCGUUUACGGUGAAGAGCCCCGCGGGCGUACUAAGCCCUAGGUCAGCCUAUAGCCCCAUGGGCGCGAUCAGCCCGCGGCCGUCUACCGCGCGGAGCCCGUUUGGGAUGGAAAGCCUGACGGCGACAGUCACGCUGGGAACCCCGUCGUUGCUGGGACCGAACCAGGCUGCUGGUCUAAGCCGGUUGUCGAGGGGCCAGGAUUCCACGGCUUCGUCUCGGUACCCUUCAGAGGAUGAGCUCCCACCGUCCCCUGAUGUUGAUUAA